GUCAGACGUCUUCUUGACCAACACGAACAGUUGAAAGCCUCUCCUCAUAUUAUUGCAAGCAUACCUCGAAGAUUUUGAAGAUCUACAAACGCAACAACACUAAUGUCAGCGCCAGUGAGUUAAUUUAGUGGCGGUGUCUGAAUUUCCGAACAGGCUGGUGGUUACAAACAUGAGUGAGAAAUAAUGUUAGCUUAAGUAUAAAGAUGCUACCAACAGUCGUUUUAUAGUAAUGUUUAGCUAGUUAUCCUCAGCGACUUCCGCGGUUCAGUGCUGUAUUUUGGUGGAAACUACAUCGAUUGCUUUCUGUUGAAGUUUUUUUUAAGUUUAAUUUGGGCUCGGCAAGCCUAAUUCUUAAACUUUGUUGCUCAUGUAAACUUGUGAGUGAAAGACGGAUGAGCUGGAUACAAAGAUGGAGAUGGCUGUUAAAGGAAAGGCCAAAAGGAGGCACCUGAAUGCAGAGGAGUGUGAUGAACUGGGACAAAGUGCAGAAGGCACUGAAGCCCUCACCCAGCCCCUCACUGUCAACCACAGUCAAGGCAACCGCAAUCCCAACCAGGGGCUUUACCCUAAAACACCCACCAAGAGACGAAAGUGGGUAUCUCCCUCAGGGAGCCCUGCCGGACAACAGAAGGGCAUCAACAACUUUUUCUCUGUGACAGGAGUCAUCAGUUCCAGUCCGCGCAAAUCCUCCCAGCCCUGCUCGUCCACGUGCAAAAAUGGACUCAAUGGAGAACUUUUUCCCAAAAAAGAGCAAAAAGUUGCGAGAGUAGAUGAGGAGGACGACGACGCAAGCCUUUUAGCGGUCCUGUUGGCGACAGAACCUGAAGCAGAGGAGGACGAGGUUGAUGAUGUGAGCCUGUUAGCUGCUGAGAUGGUGUCACAGCCUCAGACAAAGAAGGGGGAAGUGGUGGAUUAUCUGGAGGGAAUGACAGCAGAGAUGUUUGGAGAUGAUUGUGAAUUUGACCAAUGUGACGAUGACAUUCUCAAUGAGGACGAGGAGGUGGAAGCCCUCCCUGAUGCCCACUACGGGCUACUGGGCAGCAGCAAGAACCUGCAGGAGCCCCAGGGCUGUAUUGAUGAUCUUCCAGAGGAGGUGCUGAGACAAAUAUUGUGCCUUGUCCCAGCUCAGGACCUCUAUCGCACUGUCAGCCUUGUCUGCCAUCACUGGAGGAACAUUGUCCUGGAUGCAAAGUUUGUCCCCUUUAAGAAACAAUACUACCGCUACAUGAUGAGGGAAAAGGAAACGGUGCGGGAGAUCCAAUUCAUCCUGGAGAGCAGCAGAAUAACAGAUCCAGCAUCAUCACAGAACAGCAUCCGAAACCUUGCUGUUUUGAUGGCCCAGCAUAAGGUCGGAGAUUGGGUGAGGCCGGAGGAUGUUCUGGAGUGUGUGAAGAAACAUCGUCUUUUUCCUCAGGCUGAGGCCUCCAUCAGGUUACAUAUUCCUGAUAUUCACAAGUUCUGUAACCUUGGCAUUGAGGGUCCCAACCCCUACGCAGCCAUGGCUGUCAUCCUGAUGCUAAGUGAGAAUGUUGGUGACGUGCAGGCCUUGGUUUCUCUGCUCACCAACUACAUGUCGCACACCGCCAUCACAGAGUACCUCAGUCACAUGGCCAUGAUGUUGCUCGCCAUAAAGAGGAGCAACAUCAAGAUUAGUAACAGGUUGCAUUACAACAUCUACUAUGUGCUUCACCUGAUGGAGAACGGCCCCUUUCCUGUUUCACUAAUGUACAGGACAAAUAGUUUGCCUCAGAUUCAGCUCACACGUGAACAGCAGCAGAUCCUCAGCCACGACAUCCAGGAGGACCAUGUGGUCAAGAUCGUGGCUUUUGCAGGUACGGGGAAGACGACCACAUUGGUGAAGUACGCUGAGCAGCGGCCACACUUACGUUUCCUGUAUGUGGCCUUCAACAAGUCAGUGGCCCUUGAGGCGCGGCGCCGCUUUCCCCGCAACGUGGACUGCAAAACUGUCCACUCAUUGGCUUUCCACGAUGUUGGGAGGAGAUACAGUGAAUGUAAGAAGCUAACCUUUAACCUGAAGCCAUUCUCCAUCAGCUCCGUGCUGCCGGAAGGCCGCGGCGGCUUUGCCAAGGCCAAAAUAGUGACCACAACUCUCAAGACCUUUAUGGCCUCAACGGACAAGGCUAUAAACAUUACUCACGUCCCUCUGACCCGCAAGGCCAAGAACGGCCUCAGGGAGGUUAUAGACGGCUGUGAAAAAGAGUUGUUUGCCCAUGAUGCACAGAUGAUCUGGAACAAAAUGAAGGAUCUGAAUGUGAUAAAAGUAGAAGGCUUCAACAUGGUCCAUGACGGUUACCUGAAAUUAUGGCAGCUCCAACACCCAAAGCCCUGCUUGUCUGACCAAUAUGAUGUCCUUUUCAUCGACGAGGCCCAGGACUGCACUCCAGCCAUCAUGGAUGUGCUUCUGUCCCAGCGCUGUGGGAAAAUCCUGGUGGGAGAUCCUCAUCAACAGAUCUACACCUUCAGAGGAGCCGUCAAUGCCCUGAACAUUGUUGAUCACACACACAUCUACUACCUGACACAGAGCUUUCGGUUCGGUGCUGAGAUCGCCUACGUGGGUGCCACCAUCCUCGAAGUGUGCAAGGGAGUGGAGAAGAUUCUGGUGGGAGGAAGACAAGAAGGCGGAGUGUGUGACGAGACGGCGGACGAGAUUGGAGCAGCUAUGAAGACGGGUGUCAGUCUUUGCCGAGGGAAGACGGCCAUCUUGUCAAGAUGCAAUCUCAAUGUUUUCAGUGAAACAGUCAAACUCACAGAUUCCAACCCGAACUGUCGGAUCCACUUUAUAGGGGGUGUCGACGGUUACGGUCUGACAAGGAUCCUGGACAUCUGGCACCUGAUGGAAGGAGAUGGACAACAAAGAUUCAUCAAAGAUCCAUUGAUUCGCUGCUUUGCCAGAAAAAACAAUCAAAAUCCCUACGGGGCCUUUAAGAAGUAUGUUUCACAGACCGAGGACGCAGAGCUGGACGGCAAAGUCAACAUCGUUGAAAAAUACGGAAAGCGCAUCCCGGAACUGGUGAAGCGCCUGGAGAGUGCCUUUGAGGAGGACUUCCACAAAGCAGACUUCAUCGUUGGAACGGUCCACAAGGCCAAAGGUCUGGAGUUCGACACUGUGAUGAUUACUGAUGACUUUGCCAAGGUUCCUGCUUCGAAGCACAACCUGCACUUUAAUCCAGACUUCAGGUUUGGUGAUAUUCCUGACGAUGAGUGGAACCUGCUGUAUGUGGCAGUGACUCGUGCCAAAACCUCACUGAUCAUCACUAAGUCCGUCCGCCGCAUCCUCACAGUGGCUGGGGAAUACUUCCUAAAGUCCGAGAUGCCUGGCACCCUGACGAAAGAGGGUGAGCCGCUCCCGUGCUGUGUCACCGACUGUCCCAACUGCACCACACCCGGCUCAGCAUUCAUAAUGUGCAAACAACAGAUGAAAUGUUCUGAUGGUGUGUCUGCUGGCGGCCCAUUGUGUGAGAGAUGUGUGUGGACACGCAUUGGACCGAUGGCCUUUUUAAUGACUGAGGAUGUCUUAUCAAUGGCACCUAUACCUCGACGACCCCAGCCCAUAAACAACAUCAUGCUGUUUGCAUUUUUUUAACGCUGCUUCAUGGACCUAAAACAACGCUGUUUGUUACAGUGCAUUGUUAUGUAGAAAGUGGACUCUCAGGGCUUUUUGAACAGCCGAUAGCUCCAAGUGGCCAUUACUAUAGCCCCUUUUCCACUGCACGGAAAACGUGCUAACAUCUGGCUUUUUCAUGUAAUUGGAAAAGAAACAGUCAGCAUUCACACCCACGGUAUUUCCACCAGAACGAGUGUGUAUUUAUGGUGGUAGCUUACAAGGGGUGGAGUAAACUCUCUUUUUUUUUUUAAAAUGCCCCUUCGUAUCAUUCUAUGUCCCCUCUCAAAAUUCCGUGCACACAGCACGGAAUUUUGAGCUCUCAGUGAGUUGUUUUUUUCCUCAGCAGCAGUUUGUCACUCGCGGGGGGGCUGUUUGAUAAUCUGUUCACAACUAAUCCACUCAGAUCAAUGGAUGAGAGGAGCAGCUGUUUUUGAGUAAAUGCUUUCAGACCCAGCAGGAUAAACAUUUUGGUUUCACUUUGAAUGCACCUGAAGUUCUGCAGAUGAGUAUGUCUGCUUUAAGUACCUAAGUGGUAUGAGCAGCAUAUAUAUUUCAAUAGUGCUGCUAAUGAACGAUCCAGCUCCAAAAAUAUAAAAUCUAUUUUGCAGCGUCAAAUCAUUUUGCAAUAUAGUCAGGGGUAUUUAUCGUCUCCAGCUCUAAUUGGCAUUGAUGGAAACGCAACAACCAUGUGAACACAUUAAUUUUAGCCUCUUAAGCGGAGAGAUGCAAUGACACGCCACCAUACAAUACCGUCCAUCUCCGCCUAAGCAGCGCUCCAACAUCGAUCCAAAUUAGUCUGCACUAAGUUUUAAAGAGAGCUUGAAUAAGCUAUCACUGUGAAGUUUUGACAAGCCUCCAUCCAUGCUGCUUUAUGCGGUCCUCUUGCCUGUUUGUGAUGUUGAAUGUGAUAUGCCCACAAAAAACAACAAACAAAAAACACCCCCCCACCCCACCACCACCACCACCGCACACAAAAUGAUCAUCUGCUGCAAGAAGUGUACACUCUGAAGAACUGACGUUAAACUGGAGAGCACAGUUUAAUUCUGUAAUAACUUUUGAUAUAUAUGUAUAUUUAAAAAAAAGAAAGCUGCUGACAGACUUUUGUGAAACUUUUUUUCCCUUAAAUCAGAUCUACAAGUUUUUUGUGACUUUUUUUUGGCAGUUUAUGGGUUAUAAGGCGUGUAUAAAAAGUAGCUAACAAUAUAAAACAUUUUAAUUCUAUUGUAUUUACAAGAGUAAAUAAUGUGGUAUUGGAAGAACA